AUGUACAACGAGAACCACCAAGUACCCAUGCUUACAUGUCGCCUAUCUCCGACAAGACGGUUGGCUCCAUGUUAUAAUUCACUAAGAUCUAUACUCCUAGGAUUCUCGAGGCCUAUUUCAAAUGGUGCAUCUAUAAGCACACUAGAGGCAAUGUAUCGUAAAUCUAGGCCUUCGUCUUCAUCGACGUCGUCAGCAGCUAUGCCUUUCAUGACUUUCAAUGAUUGUCAAAAAGCCACAUUCAAAAUCGAAUCGGUGGAUACGGGAGAUGUAAUAGAAUUUGAUUCUGAAGGUCAGCCAAAUUUUGGACUCGUCACUUGGUCUUCAAUAGAUAAUGUCUUCGAUGUUGUGGAUAUUGAAGGAAAAGUGGUGACCGUGCAAACAUCUUCGGUUACUUUUAUUCUGAAAAGAAAUUCAAUAUUACCCGCCAAAAUUCCACAAGAUCCUGCAAUCAUUGCCAAAAGCUUGGCCCAGCUUGUAACUAGCUCGUUCGAUCAAUGCAAACGGUUCCAACCUUAUUUGGAUGCAGCGUACGCAGGCAUGAGUCUCGACACACAAGUAAGAGCUAUUGAUUUUGAGCAUUUGUGUGCUAAGAUUCUGGGCUCAAUGGAUUUGGUCGACUCCCAUACAAAACUUUCUCAUCGAUUGGCGAUAUAUUUCUUGGUAACAUUCUACAAUGUGAACUUUUUCAGACUCAAGCGGGGCCCACUUUUGAUUGUUGGCACGAGGAUGUCUGACUGCCUUAGCAAGGCCAUGAAAUCAAUCAGAUCAGGAGAGUUGGACACCUUGGCUAGCGUGCUGAAAGAAAAAAGCAAACACAGAGAACUUAAAUUGACGGGCUCAGCUAGAGCGGUGGUUUCUCUUUUGAAGCAUUACGUUGUAUCACAGGAUUGGAGGCUCUUCGAUACAGUGAAGGAGCUAUUUUCUGGACUUUCCACAGUAAACUCUGGAACGGUAAUUUCGCCUAUAGCUGUUAAGGACUAUCUUGUGGAUACGGGUUUACUUUGUUCAAACCCUUUUCUAGAUCCUGAACUACUGGGAGUGGUGGAACAAGAGCGCUACACUUUCAUUGACGAUUCCGAGGUUGCGUCUGUUGCAGUCCCGUUUCCCCAAACUAUAUAUCUCAUAUCUGAUGAUUUUGGGAUUUCAGUGGAUGAGUAUCGUUUCGGGAACAAACGAAUUUUAUCGUUCCACUUUCCUUUUGUACCUUUGAAAUCUGUGAUGUCAUUCAAUAGCACUAUUGCCGUCCGUGGCAAGUCUUUAUCUUCUGCCUCAAUUCAUCGUCCACUCCUGGAGAACAAUAUUCGCGAGAGGUUUAAAUUCGUUCAGGGAAAGGAGAGUGUUUGCAUCAGUAUAUCUGCUGAUGUUUCCGAUUGGGCCAACAUUUAUAGCCCAAAUAACCUCAAGCUUUCGAUUUCAAGCUGCAAAACAGCGUCUCCUGACAGUCAUUCAUUUUUCGAAGCAACAAAAAGCCGCGCCAAUCCAGGUACACCACUUUCAGACAACGAUAUCAGAAGGAUUAAAGGCAUCAUAGACACACUGGUAGAAAAUUGCAGGUCACACGAGCUUCCAGACUUCGAUGUAGACUACGCAGGUCGGAACGACAGAUGCAACGGCCUCCGUGUCCUUGCAGGACACUGGGUGGCUCUGUUUGCACAGAAGUGGAGCCUGGAUUUUCCGUUCCUGUACAAAGGAAUUUUGAAGAGUUAUCCUGCCAUGAAUGACCCCGGCACUGUGGACAGAGAACAGGUUCGCAGCAAACCUGGUGAGUAUGCUCCGCUAAAUAUCCCAUCCUAUGUCCCCAUUGCAUUUCCUUUUGAUAGCAGUCUUGCGCUCACAACCCAACAGGUCAUAUGGGAGUAUAUGAAAGGCGGAUCAAUCAACCGAAAUGACAAAGUUGCAGAUGUCUAUAACAGAAACAUUCUUCCCGGCGUGGACCUUGCGCAUUUGAUAUUUAAACGCGUUGAGUCUUACAACAAAUUGGAGCAGCUCCGGAAAUCUCCACCAGUUUACUCUCGCUGCUUUUUCCGGUGCAUAAUGGUACAGGAUGGGCUACCGGGAAAUAUUGCUGCGGCUUACUGCAUAGAUGAAAGUUGCCUCGUUGAAGUCAUGGUCGAUACUAAACUUUUUCAAGGUGAUAGAAUUAUUUGCAGCAGAAUUGUAGCAAUAGAUUCUUUGCAAGGUGAUAUUCUUUUGCGAAUUUAG